CAUUACGCAUUUCCUGUUCUCUACGAAGUCCCCCCUCUUCUCCUCUCCGUCGCGCCGUGAAGUGGAUGUUUUGGUGAAAAAUACGGUGUCGAAAGGGGACGUAAACACGUUUAAAACAUGACAUUUCGAUCGAGUGGGACCUAAAGUGCCGUACUGGGGGAAAGAGGGGCGUGUUCGGCGAAGGUUUUGUGUUUAUUCGUGCAUCGUAUUCUUUCCGCAUGUCCGCUUUCUUCGUAGAUGGUCUCCGGCGAGCGUUGUCUGGCGGCGGACGACGAGUUCUCGACGAGUAAUAUGAAGGAGAUGAUCGGCGGUUGCUGUGUUUGCUCAGACGAGAGAGGCUGGGCGGAAAACCCGCUAGUCUACUGCGACGGACACGGCUGCAACGUCGCAGUGCAUCAAGCCUGCUAUGGCAUCGUGCAGGUCCCCACUGGUCCUUGGUUCUGCAGAAAGUGCGAGUCUCAGGAGAGAGCAGCCCGCGUGAGAUGUGAGCUGUGUCCCCACAAAGACGGAGCCCUCAAGAGGACAGACAACGGAGGCUGGGCUCAUGUGGUUUGUGCCCUUUACAUACCUGAGGUCGAAUUCGCCAAUGUCUCAACUAUGGAACCCAUCGUACUCCAGUCUGUGCCUCAUGAACGCUACAACAAGACAUGUUAUAUCUGUGAAGACCAGGGCAGAGAGAGUAAAGCAGCCACUGGAGCUUGUAUGACCUGCAACAAACAUGGCUGCAGGCAGGCCUUCCAUGUCACAUGCGCCCAGUUUGCAGGGUUGUUAUGUGAGGAACAAGGAUCCGAUGCAGACAAUGUCAAGUACUGUGGAUACUGCAAAUACCACCACAGCAAGUUGCGAAGGAGCAGGGGCCGUGGUAGUAGGUCUCAAAGCUUAAGUGACACUUCCACUCAGUGUAUGGAUAGACCUCCAGACGAGGACAAGAAGAAACACAAGGAGCGGGACAGACACAAACCGAAACACAAGAAGACGAUGGACAUGUCGCCCUCCCUCGUCCUACCAAACAUCAUGGUCCCAGACAAGACCUUCAACAGCAGCAGCUCAGGGGGAGGCGUCAACUCUCUGCCGGCGCCCUCGCAGAAGCGGAUGGACGAUGGCACGGCCCGUUUCACCACCGCCAACUUUCAAGAAGUGUCGUCGGCACUCUCCAGCGGCAGCUCCAAAGACAGCUUAGCUGCAGACACUGGGAAGGUGACGUCCGAGGCGAAGAACAAGAAGAACAGCAGCGGCAGUCACACGGUGGGACAGCGGGGCGGCCGCAAGUCUCUCACCUCCUCAGGGAAACCCCUCCCCUCCGCCGUGGUCACCAUGGCAACCUCCUCCACGUCUGCCUCAGUUUCCACUGGGCCUUUCCACCAAGGCCUCCUGUUGACCAGUGCCAGCAAGACGCCCUCUGCUCCUUCCUCCUCCGACUUCCUAAGCUUCUCAGAUGCAUCGUUGCGUCCCGGGGGUGGGACUAGCUUCUCCUCCCCGCCAUCUUUCAGCAGCUGCCUUGUGAAGCCGAGCUCAGAAGGUGGAGCUUCAGAGGGAACAACGACACUCUUUGGUUCUCUGAUGUCCGCCACUACAGCUUCUGCAGUGGGCGGGAAGCUGUAUGAGAAUUCCCACAGUCUCACAGCCAGCGAGACGACAAGCCUCGGUGGGUCCGCUGGCUACAAACGGCCCCAGCCCUCCAGCUCAGGGCCAGGGAUCGGAGCCGCAGCAGCAGCAGGAGGAGGAGGAGGAGGGGAUGAUGGAGUGAAGAAGAAAAAGAAGGGCAACUGGCGAAACAGAUUUGGACCUUGCUUUACCACGGACGUGAAGCCUUCAGAGCCAGCUCCUUCCCUGACUCUAGCCGCCUCCUCCGUUGCCAACACCUCCUCCACCGCCUCCCCGUCCUCCUCCUCCUCAUCCUCGACACUCUCAGGCCGGCCGGGCUUAGUCUCCAGCAGUGGAUUAGGAGUGGGAGUUGGGGGAGGAGGAGGAGGAGAGAGGGGGCUUGGGGUCAUGGGUGUCAGCAGUGGGAUUCAGAAGUCCCCGUCACUCCUCAGGAAUGGGAGUCUGCAAAGCAACAGCGGCUCCGCAACCACUGGGCCAGGUGUUUUCUCUGGCGCAGAUGGGUCAUCGUGUGGGACAGGAGCCGUCGCCGUGGGCGGGGCCAGCUCCGAGUUGUCCCAGCAACAGCAGCCCACGCCUUCGCUAGCCCCUCCCUCCCCGUUCACCGCCACAGCACCGCUGACCAGCACAGCCUCCACGCAUGUGAGCGGUCUGCCAGGGUCCGUCUUCAACCUCGCUCCCUCCCACAUGUUCGGUAACAGGCUGAACCCCAACUCGGCCAUGGCAGCCCUCAUCGCCCAGUCCGAGGCCUCACCAGCAGAUCAGGAGGCAGGAGACAGCAGCGUCGGAGCUCAGGGCUUCUCCAUAAGAGCUUCUCCCAAGACCACCCCGCGCUCUCCCAUUGGCGGCCUGCAGAUCCGCUAUGACUCCGCGGGGUCGUUGCUGGGGCCGGGGUUGCUAGGGACAGGGGGAGGCGGCGGGGACACUGUGCCCCCGGUGGCCACCAGCAUAGAGCAGCUCCUGGAGAGACAGUGGAACGAGGGGCAGAGCUUCCUGCUGCAGCAGGGAGCGCAGGGAGAUGUGGUGGGCAUGUUGAAGUCCCUCCACCAGCUGCAGGAGGAGAACAGGAGGCUGGAGGAGCAGAUUAAAACUCUGACCAUGAAGAAGGAGAGACUGCAGCUUCUCAGCGCUCAGCUAUCAGUGCCUUUCACCCCCUCCACGGCCUCCUCUGAUGUGAAAGGAGCCCACUUUGGGGGGACUGACUCAUCGUUACCUGCGGCAGCUCAGGACAGUACGUCAUGUGGUGGCCACAGCAGUAGUGGCUCCACCUCGUCCCUCUCCACCCCUCCCUCUGUCUCCCAGAGCCCGCCCCAGCCGCAGCUGAACGGCGUCGCCAACGUGGGAGCGACCCCGGCUGGGCUGGGCGGCGUAGCGGGGCUGAUGGGCGCUCUGGGUGCAGGGAGCGCACUUGGGAUGGGGGGAAUCGUCGGGGCGCUGAACGGGGUGAUCCAGACGCCAGCGGGCACCGCAAGCCCUCACACACAUACCACAGGAGCAUCUACAGGCGUCACGUUGCCCGUCAACAACAGCAGCUCAGCAACUAGUAAGAACAGCGCUGCACGGCUCGGCCUGCUGUCGGAGCAGCAGAGGCUCAUCCUGCAGCAGCAUCAGCUCCAGCAGCUGCUGUCCUCUCAGCAUUCAGCGGAGCAGCAGCAGGUGUUGCUCUACCAACUGAUGCAGCAGCAGCAGGACCUCCAGCAGCUGCAGUCCCUCUCCUCCUCUGCCCAGAUUCCCUCCAUCCCGCUCUCCUCCGCUCAGCUGCCCAUCAACAACCUGCUGCCCGGCGCCCAGAGCCAGGGCCAAGGCGCCAUCGCCGCCAACCCCUUCCUGGCGCUGCAGCACGCACACCCUGACACACACGCCUCGGGGGCACAGAAGCCACGGCUAGCAGAGAAGGCUAUGGGCGUCACGGGGCAGGAGAAGACAUGACGGCAAAUGCUCUUCUUUUGUUUUGUUUUUUUGCUUUGUUUUAUAAAUAAAUAUGCAGAGUCUUCGGGAGAUCUGACUGUUGGUCAACUUUGUAGUUCAUUGAUGAGAACAUUAUGUGUUCCUGGUAGGUUUUUCUUUCCAGUAAUCUGUGCUAAUACAUUAGCACGCUGUAGUUCACCUUUUGCCGGGUUUAUUUUUACAACUUUUCAGGUUACUGUCUUCAUUUUGUGUUCAUUUUUAUUAUUUAUUUCCAUCCAGUUUUAGAUUUAGUUAAUAGCUUUAGUGCUGCUUCAGGUUGUUAUUAUGUCACUGUUGAGAUAAUUAUUUUGAUUUCAUAUCACUGGUAGCAGCUUAGCUUCGGUAAAUAUUCACACGGUGUGUCCGUUCUCGUCUCUCAGCGGGUGAGUUGACUAACUGGUCAGCUUUAGCUUUAGUUUCUUCUUCUCUAAUCUCAUUAUUCUGCCUCCUCCUUGCGUUUUCGUCUUUCUCUUGUUAUUGUGUCACAUUUUUAAUUUUUUUUUUUGCUUCCACAUUUCUCUCACCACUUCCCCAUCCUCCACACUCAGUCUAGUCUCUCUGCUGUCUCACUCUCUCAGGGGCCUCAGCUAUCACACAAGUUAGCACAACACACACACACACACACACACACACACACACACACACACACACACACAGUACCACAAGUGUAAAAAGAAAAGAAAAGGAGAGAAGAAUCAGAAAUACAUGAAUAUAAAAAAAACUACAAUUCCCUACCACAGGACUUAACGGUAGCAGAUGUAUGUUUGACAUCUGUCUCGCAGCGGUCCUGAGGGGGAAUUGUGAAAAUAUCCUACAUGUUCUUGCCGUUGCCUCUCUUCCCGUGUCUCUCUCACUCCGUUUGCGCAGAUCCAUUAAUGUCAGUAAGCCAAGCCUCGUACAGUCACCGCAGAAGCCUUGCUUUUGACUGUCUCUUCUCUGGGCCAGAUUCAGGGGGCUCACUCAGGGAAGUGAAAUGAAACAAAAAAAAAGGAAAGAAACAGCCAGUUGAAUGUUUAGAGGGAUUGCAUUAAUCCACACGGCACAGACUCACAAAGAGAAAUUAUGCAGUUGGUGUUAAGCACGUGGAAGUCCUUUCUAUUUCAUCUUCCUGAUUGAGCCCCCCGCUGCAGCUACCUCUCGAGCAGGACCAGCCUAUCAGGACCUAAAAGGCCGACAGCAGCGGCCGCCUCAAAACAAACUCACAAACAGUCAGGACUGGCCAGUCAGGGUCCAAACCCCAAGUGCCUGAGGCCAAGGAAGGGAAGGCGGGAUUUAUUUUUCCUUUUUACCUGUGUCCCUGUCACUUACAUCGCUACUGGUAAUUAAGCUGCGUUGCCACGGCAACAGAUUACAAAAAAAAACAAUACUCGUCUAACGUCAGGCUGGACGCGCUGUCUCUUUAAUAAAAAAACAGGAAAUAUUAUUCUGCUGCAUUCUCUAACAUCAAAGCCAACUUUGUAUUGUGCUUUUUAUUUAUUGGGAGUUUGUUUAUCAGGCAUAAGAUGAUAUAUUUUAAAAGCCUGCUGGUGUUGCAUUCUAACAUCAUUUUGUACUACUGUGUAAAGUUUUGUUUGUCUUUUUCCUCAUACAGUCGAUUCGUGCUGUAAACCCUUUUAAUGACUUCUAUUCUGUGUUGUGUUUGAAAGCUAAAAGCUACUUGAUAGUUGGCUGAUUGGGGAGGGGGUUGCGGCUGUAUAUAGCUGUUUGUAGGGGGGAGGAAAUGUGUCCGGAGGGGUGUUCAGUGGCACAGUUUUUACCUCGUUAAGUGUACAUAGACCUUUUCUCAUUGGCCGUUAGUGUAAAUAAGUGAUUGUGAUUGGCCGUGUUGGUGUGAAGGAAAGCCAAUGAAGCCUCAGUUUGUGUGUGUGAAUCUUUAGGACCAGAAAGAGAGAAAAAAAAAAAGGUUGACAGUGACUGGACACACAAAGUAUUAAUUUAUUUUUAUAUGUUCAGGGACAUUGUGUUUCUUUUUUAAGUUUUGCACCAUUUUUUUUAAUUUUCAUUUUGAUGAGAAGUCAUUUUAUACUUGGGGAGUUGGGGUGGGGGGGCACCAUGUUCUCCCUGUGCACACAUUUGUUUGGAUCAAUUUUGUACAAGUGGAAAAUAACAAGGAAGGGUGCGGGAGAAAUUUUGACAUUGUAUUUCAGAACACCAAAUUAAAGAAACACUAUGGAUAAAGUA